AUGCAUCAACGCGCCCUCCUUUUCUCUGCCUUGAUGGCAGGUGUUAGAGCCCAGCAGGCCGGCACGCAGACAGCAGAAACCCACCCGUCUCUUACCUGGCAAGAGUGCACCUCUUCCGGUUGCACGGAUAAAUCGGGCUCUGUCGUCAUUGACGCCAAUUGGCGUUGGGUUCACGACGUUGAUAGCACCACCAACUGCUACACUGGCAACACUUGGGAUGCCACUCUUUGCCCCGACGAUGCCACCUGCGCUACUAACUGCGCCCUCGAUGGUGCGGACUAUGCGGGCACCUACGGUGCUACUACCUCCGGUGAUGCCCUGACUUUGAACUUUGUCACCGGCUCAAACGUCGGUUCCCGCCUGUAUCUCAUGGAGGACGAUAGCACCUACCAGAUCUUCAAGCUGCUGAACCAGGAGUUCACCUUUGACGUCGAUGUCUCCAACCUGCCCUGCGGCUUGAACGGAGCUCUAUACUUCGUCUCCAUGGAUGCCGAUGGCGGUAUGGCCAAAUACGACACCAACAAGGCCGGCGCCAAGUACGGUACUGGUUACUGUGACUCCCAGUGCCCUCGUGACCUGAAGUUCAUCAACGGUCAGGGCAAUGUCGAAGGAUGGACCCCGUCCGACAACGACGUGAACUCUGGUAUUGGUAACCACGGCUCUUGCUGUGCUGAGAUGGAUAUCUGGGAGGCCAACAGCAUCUCCACCGCUGUGACCCCCCACCCCUGUGAUACCGCUAGCCAGACUAUGUGCGAGACUGACGCCUGCGGUGGUACCUACUCCUCCGACCGUUACGGCGGUACCUGCGAUCCCGAUGGCUGCGACUUCAACCCUUACCGCAUGGGCAACGAGACCUUCUUCGGCCCUGGCAUGACCGUCGACACUAACUCCAAGAUGACCGUCGUCACCCAGUUCAUCACCAGCGACAACACCGCCACCGGUACCCUCUCGGAAAUCAAGCGUAUCUACGUGCAGAACGGCAAGGUUAUCGCUAACUCGGCCUCGGAUGUCAGCGGUGUCACUGGUAGCUCUAUCACCUCGGACUUCUGCACUGCCCAGAAGACUGCUUUCGGCGAUGAGGAUGUCUUCUCCCAGCACGGUGGUCUCUCUGGUAUGGGCGAUGCUCUGGCUGAUGGCAUGGUUCUGGUGAUGAGCUUGUGGGAUGACCACUACGCCAACAUGCUCUGGCUCGACAGCAACUACCCCACUGAUGCCACCGCCACCGACCCUGGUGUUGCUCGUGGUACUUGCAGCACUGAUUCUGGCGAGCCUUCCGAUGUCGAGUCUGCCUCUGCCUCUGCCAAUGUUGUCUUCUCCAACAUUAAGGUUGGCCCCAUUGGCUCUACCUACUCUGCUUAA